CUUGAGCCCAGAAGCCACAAAGAAGACGAGACGCAGAAGAAGGCGACCAUGUCGAUGUAAAAACCAAACACAUAAGAGACGUUUUAUUUUAUGCGGAAUCAUCUAACAACACGGAGUACAACGCGUUCAAACCACACCCAACAAGCCAGGUUGCGUAACACCAUUGUUAGUUUGCUGUGUAAAUCGCAGCGACACCGACUCAACAGGAAGAGGAGGUCCACUCGCUGGAUGAGAGAGCAAAUACAGACCAGUACGGAGUGGAACGAGUUUUUCAGUUUUGGAUUAAAUACCCCUGUUUUUUGCCGAGGACCAAAGGUUUUUGAAGAAGACUAUUUCAUGACGGAAAUAUUGAUCCACGCCACUAAGUUAAAACUGAGAUCGCAUUCAAGUUAUAGUUCAGCUUCAGACAGCUGAAGUUCUAUUUCAGGACUGGACUGCUUUAGUUCUUGGUCACGUAUAAUUUUCUAUAUCGUGAUCGAGGAAAUAAUUGUAAAUAUAUUCAGCUUCCUCUUCUUUUUGAAGAGUUGUGUAUAGAGACUUUUUUUGGGAGGGGUUUAUGUCAGGCAAUCGAUCUGCACUUACAUGUGUAUAUGUAAAUAAUUUAAUAGUUUCUUCUGAUCUUGAAGGACUCCUAACAAAAAUAUUCUUUAUCAGAGGCUUCUAACCUUUUAUGUUUAAAGGGAGAUUUUGACAGGGCAAAAACAGUAGAAAAAUAAAAAAGUAACUGUUUUUGAAAUGGCAACAACGCGGAACGAAACCACGGGCCCGGCUGUGAUGGCGCUGAGCAAACAGAACGGGCAGCUCAGGGGACUAACCAAACCAGCAUCAGUCCAGCCAGCCCCUCCGACGCAAGGCAACGAUCUCAAAGAGGCUGGCUCUUCUCAAGAAGUCGGGGUCAAGUUUGUGGAAGACUGGAAGAAGAGCCUGCAGCUGCCGCCCAAAGACAACCGGAUCAAAACCUCUGAUGUGACGGCCACAAAGGGGAAUGAAUUUGAAGAUUACUGUCUUAAACGAGAGCUCCUGAUGGGCAUUUUUGAGAUGGGCUGGGAGAAACCGUCGCCCAUCCAGGAGGAAAGCAUUCCAAUCGCCCUGUCUGGGCGAGACAUCCUGGCGAGGGCCAAGAACGGAACAGGGAAGAGUGGCGCCUAUCUCAUCCCCAUGCUGGAGCGGAUUGACCUGAAAAAAGACCACAUACAAGCCAUGGUCAUGGUGCCCACCCGGGAGUUGGCUCUGCAGGUGAGCCAGAUAUGCAUCCAGCUCAGCAAACAUCUGGGAGGAGUCAAAGUCAUGGCCACCACUGGAGGCACCAAUCUGAGGGACGACAUCAUGCGCUUGGACGACAUUGUGCACGUGGUCAUCGCCACACCAGGCAGGAUCUUGGACUUGAUCCGAAAAGGCGUGGCAGUGGUUGAUAAAGUCCAGGUGAUCGUGAUGGACGAGGCCGACAAGCUGCUGUCUCAGGACUUUCUUGUCCUCAUCGAGGACAUCAUCAGCUACCUGGCCAAGAACAGACAGAUCCUGCUCUACUCUGCAACCUUCCCCAUCAGCGUGCAGAAGUUCAUGACCAAGCAUCUCGAGAAGCCCUACGAGAUCAACCUGAUGGAGGAGCUGACUCUCAAAGGCAUCUCGCAGUUUUACGCUUACGUCCCCGAAAAACAGAAGGUUCACUGCCUCAACACACUGUUCUCCAAGCUCCAAAUCAACCAGUCCAUCAUCUUCUGUAACUCCACCCAGAGAGUAGAACUGCUGGCCAAGAAGAUCUCUCAGCUGGGCUACUCCUGCUUCUACAUCCAUGCCAAGAUGAUGCAGGAAUAUAGAAACCGCGUGUUCCACGACUUCAGGAACGGACUCUGCAGGAACUUGGUCUGCACUGAUCUCUUCACCCGAGGCAUCGACAUCCAGGCGGUCAACGUGGUCAUCAACUUCGAUUUCCCAAAGAAUGCUGAAACGUACCUCCAUCGCAUCGGAAGGUCAGGGCGGUUCGGUCACCUGGGCUUGGCCAUCAACCUGAUCACGUCGGAGGACCGCUUCAACCUGAAGGUGGUCCAGGACCAGCUGGUCACCGACAUCAAGCCCAUUCCCAGCAGCAUCGACAAGAGUCUCUACGUGGCCGAGUUCUGCCAGAGCAGCAGCGAGUGGCAGGAGGAGGAGAAGCAGCAGGACGGAACAGCGACACCAUCUGCCACACAGUAGGACUUCUGCAGCAUCAGCAGUUUUUAGAGCUCCACUUGGUCCCUCUCCAUUACUCAGCGUCUGUCAUUGUCCGUGUUGUGAGGUAACUGUUUUGCACCACACUCACUCUGUCGGGAUGAAGUCCAACUCCGUGUUUUCAGUCGCUACCCGUCCACCCCUCGACCACCCCCGUGGUCACCAAGUGCCUUAUCCUCUCUCUCAGACCCACCACGUCCUGCCGUCACCAUGCUGACUAAGCACAACACAUUCUGCUCUUAACAUCAAACUACCCAACACAUGCAGAUCAUAAGAAUCUUCGGCAGAAACG